AUGCCACCAUCGACGGCGUAUAUUUCACGUGAGAAGGAACGGGAAAGUGAGCAGAAGCAGGCGGAAGCCGUUGAAGAAGUGGAUCCGAUACUGAUGUUCGAAUUCACAUCGUGGCGUGAUGCCGGUCAUCCCUUGGCUCAUCAUCCAUUCAUGGAUCGUGUUAGUACCGAAGAGAUUGCGCCAUGUAUGCUGUUCAGUGCGAAAGAGCUAUCUGACGCGAUUUUCGAUUCCAUAGCUGCGAACAAGCUGGAGCUGGAGCCGGUACAUGAAGACAAACCACAUAUC